AGUGAAUACUUGUAUUUAGUGAUAAAAUAAGUUAAAUGAUUUAAAUAUAGUGAAACAUGGCGGCUCUAGCUCGUGUAUUACAAAGCGUAAUAACAAGAAAAUAUAAAUUUUGUUGCUUGUGCCUAAAAGUAAUAAAUGAAAACACUGUUAAUAUACAUGAUGAAGUUAUUCUCAAGGAGGAUGACAACGAAAGCGCUAUAAAGAUAUUUGAUGUUCUAACUGAUAUACUUGGUUUUGAUACAUGCAACAAUAUAUCUGCUUUCGACUUUUUAUGUAAACAAUGUACUCACUUGGCAGUUACGAGCUAUAAGUUUAUCUCUACAUGUAAGAACAAUACUGAUUUAUUGAGUAAAGCAAUUACUAAUCUAAAUGAUUGCUUUAAAACUGUCUCUGAAGAUGCAUACGGAUGUGAAACACUAUUUGUGACGUUAGAUCCAAACAAUUUAACAACCCAACAGUAUUACGAUAAUAAGGACCCUGUUUCUUCAAGCUCUUUAAAAAGAUUCCAAUCUUUGUUUGAUACAAAUUCUAAAUCUCCAACAAAAAAUAAUAAAUCACUCGGACAGACAAAGAGAAGAGAAUAUUUCUCGCUGCCAAUUAGAACAAGUGAAAUGCUCUAUGAUAAAAAUGAUCGUACAAAUUUAAAGUGUAAAGUUUGUUAUAAAUCAUAUCCAACGUUAUCGAAUUUGAGAAACCACUACAUUAGAGUACACGCUCCAAAGAAUUAUAAGUGUACAAUUUGUAAUAGAAAGUUUGGUUCUGAGCCUCUUUUGGAGAAUCAUAAGACUGAAAGUCAUUGUACUGUAGUUUGCAGCGAAUGUGGUAAAACGUUUAACAAUCGUCACACACUUAAAAUGCAUGAAAUUGGACAUUAUUUGAAACUUGUUUGUCAAGAUUGUGGGCGAGUUUAUAAAAGCCAAACGACAUUUAAGAAACAUAUAGACUUGAAUAUCUGCGGUCAGAAAACUAGAGCAUCGCCAGCCAAUGCUAAGUUUACAUGCGAUUAUUGCAACAAAAAGUACACUCAAAAAGUUUCCUUACGAGUACACAUACAGUUCGAACAUGGGAAUUAUACAGGACAUGAGUGUAAAUGGUGUAAGAAGAAAUUUUAUGCUAAAAGUAGACUGAAUGCACACAUAGUAAAACACACACAAGAAAAGAAGUUCCAAUGUAACAUAUGCGGUGGUAAAUUUGUAACAAAAGAGUCAUUGUUGUAUCAUACUAGGACACAUACAGGUGAAAAACCUUACAAGUGUGACUUUUGCGAUAGUAGAUUCUUGUCGUCAUCAAGAAAAGCAGAUCAUAUAAAACGUCAUCAUUCAGAUGUGACAUUUCAAUGUGAUAUUUGUAAUGUUAAGUAUACAACAAAGGAAUAUUUGGAGAGGCAUAGAAAAACACAUGAAAAGCCAACUGAAAAUACAACAUUCCUUAUAAAGGAAGGUGAUGAGAUUUUCUUAGAAAUGUCUGAUGAAGAAGAAUUCAAUUCUAUUAAUCAACAUUCGGGUUGAAGAUGUAAUGUUUAGCAUUUUACUAAAUACAAUUUUGUUAUACUGUAUAAUGUUUUGUACCUUCCAAAUUAUUUUUAUUUGGAAAACAAUUAAUUGUGAGAACAAAGAAAAUUAUCUUUUAAGACAAUAGACAUUGCAAUGUAAAAAUAACAAUCUUAAUUAAAUUUAAUAUCUUUUAUUUUAAAUAUGUUUGCAAUAUUUAAUUAAUUAU